AGCAACUUGCUUGAAAAAGGAAUUGCUAAGGGCUCUCAGGUCUACCCUUUAGCAAGAGCAGAACACAGGCGCCAUCUGCAUUUCCUGGGUCCAAGAACAAGGCAAGAGGCUACAGACGACAUGAGGCUGUGGCUGAGAUGCAGGGUCCUCCAGGUGCUCAAGAUCUCCCGGGGAUUCUGCGGAUCUCAUGGGCACCUGUCACCUCUCCCUGCCCCUCAGAAGAUCGUGGGCACAUGGGAAGCCAUCAGUCUGGGGAGGCAGCCGGUGCCCGAGUACUUCAACUUUGCCCAUGACGUGCUGGAUGUGUGGAGUCAGCUGGAGAAGGCUGGGCACCGGCCCCCGAAUCCUGCAUUCUGGUGGGUGGAUGGUAAAGGCGCGGAGGUCAAGUGGAGCUUUGAGGAGCUGGGACAUCGGUCCAGGAAGGCAGCCAACAUCCUGGCGAGCACGUGUGGCUUGCAGCCCGGGGACAGAAUGAUGCUGGUGCUUCCACGGCUUCCAGAGUGGUGGCUGGCCAGCGUGGCUUGCAUGCGGACAGGUGUUGUCAUGAUUCCUGGCGUCUCCCAGCUGACGGAGAAGGACCUCAAGUACCGGCUGCAGACAUCCAGGGCCAAGUCCAUUAUCACCAGUGACGCCCUGGCUCCGCAGGUGGACGCCAUCAGUGCUGACUGCCCCUCCCUCCGGGUCAAGCUCCUGGUGUCGGACAGCGGUCGCCCAGGCUGGAUGAACUUCAGGGAACUCCUGCGAGAGGCAUCUGCAGAGCACACGUGUGUGCAGACCAAGAGUCGAGAUGCCCUGGCCAUCUACUUCACCAGCGGAACUACCGGGAACCCCAAGAUGGUUGAGCACUCCCAGAGCAGCUAUGGGCUGGGCUUUGUGGCCAGUGGAAGGCAGUGGGUGGCCUUGACCGAAUCAGACAUCUUCUGGAACACCACCGACACUGGUUGGGUGAAGGCAGCCUGGACUCUCUUCUCUGCUUGGUCUAAUGGAUCUUGUAUUUUUGUGCACGAACUGCCUCGGGUUAACGCCAAAGUCAUCCUAAAUACUCUCUCCAAGUUCCCGAUAACCACCCUUUGCUGUGUCCCAACCAUCUUCCGCCUGCUUGUACAGGAGGAUCUGACAAGGUACCAGUUUCACAGCCUGAGACACUGUUUGACUGGAGGAGAGGCCCUCAACCCUGAUGUGAGGGAGAAGUGGAAGAACCAGACGGGCCUGGAGCUUUACGAAGGCUAUGGGCAGUCCGAAACAGUUGUAAUCUGUGCCAAUCCGAGAGGCUCCACCAUCAAGGCUGGGUCCAUGGGGAAAGCCUCCCCACCUUACGACGUGCAGAUUGUGGAUGACGAGGGCCACAUCCUGUCCCCAGGAGAAGAGGGGAAUAUCGCCGUGCGCGUCAGACCCACCCGGCCCUUCUGUUUCUUCAACUGCUAUCUGGACAAUCCCGAGAAGACGGCGGCCUCAGAACGAGGAGACUUCUACAUCACAGGGGACCGAGCCCACAUGGACAAGGACGGCUACUUUUGGUUCAUGGGAAGAAGCGAUGAUGUGAUCAACUCUUCGAGCUACCGAAUUGGACCUGUGGAGGUGGAGAGCGCUCUUGCCGAGCACCCCGCUGUGCUGGAGUCUGCCGUGGUCAGCAGCCCAGACCCCACCCGGGGGGAGGUGGUAAAGGCGUUUAUAGUUCUUUCUCCCACCUACUCCUCUCACGACCCGGAAGCACUAACCCGGGAACUCCAGGAGCAUGUGAAAAGGGUGACCGCCCCCUACAAGUACCCCAGGAAGGUGGCUUUUGUUUCAGAACUGCCGAAGACAGUUUCUGGAAAGAUCCAAAGGAGUAAACUGAGGAGCCAAGAAUGGGGGAGAUGAGGUGCCACCCCAGAAAGGCCCCAGAAGGACCUGGUGGGGUCACUGGUCAGCCCCUGCUUGGAGCAUCGUCCUGACAACUUCACAGACAUCAAGGACACUCAGCUUCCAAGGGGGCAUCUCCAGAACCACUGGAUGCUUCUAGAAACAACAGAGAAUGUCACUGACCCAGAGCACAGAGCCAGGCCCGGUCUAGCCGUGCUCAGAGGCUCAGCUCCCCCUCUGUCCGGCUGUUCUCGGCAUCUUCCUGAAGUGGCACCCCCUUUGUCCACAGAAAAGCCCUCUUCACCAGGGCUGAUUUUAGGACUGUCAGCA